AAUAGCCUGCCCCCGCAGAAGCAAGCCACGCGAGAACAAGUCGUCAAGACUCGUUAGUCAAUUGCCAUCUGGACCCAAACGCAAUUAAUAAGGCGCGAACGACUUGACGGAAGCUCAUGUGUAUUUCUCAUGGAAAUGGCUGAAAAACGCGAAUCACACUUCGACAGCCGACUAAUGCAACACAUCCAGUUUGGUCGAGCGAACGAAGCGAACUCGAUGCUGAACGAAGAGUUGGCCAGAGCAUCGGACGAACAGACGAACACACUGCUGCAUUACGCGGUUUUGGGGCAGAGUCCAGAUAUCGUGCAGCACCUGGUGGAGCUCGGCGCCGAGAUCGACUUGCCGGGGAAAGGCGGCAACAGCCCCUUGGAGCUGGCUAUAGAGCGCGUCGACGCAGCAGCUUUCAAUGCCCCGGAAGAGCGAGGCGAAGAUCGCGCUGCAGCUGAUGGUUUUCGGGCGGCGCCGGCGCCGAAGAAGCUGCGCGUCAAGAUUCUCGAGCUGCUCGUCGGCGAGCUACGCAGCCGGACGCUCGACACCGAGCAGCUAGCCGACAAGCUGCUGUCGGCCGGCUUCAAUCUGCUGCACUGCGUCGCUCACUCGGGGGACGAGCAGUUGCUGCGUUGCAUGCUGCAGCGCGGACUGGACGCGAACUCGAGGGACCACUGCGGCAGGACGGCACUGCACCUGGCCGUCAUGCGCAAUCAGCCGCGGUUGGCGAGGCUGUUGCUGGAGCACGGCGCCGACGUGGACAGGGCGUCGCGCGUAGUCGCGGGCAGACCGAUACUGAUUGCCGCGAGCAACGGGUACAGAGACACGAUGAAAGUUUUGCUGGAGGCAGGCGCCGACCCCAACGCCACGUUCGCUCGCAUCGACAUCACGGCGUUGCGCCUGGUCUUCAAGAAUUUCGGCAACGUGCCCGUCGACGAGUCGGACGAAUGCCUGCAGCUGCUACUCGAGCACGGCGCCAUUCCCCGAAAUUUCAGCAGACUGCUCGACAUCGCCCUCGACAAGAACGAGCCCAAGAAGAUCAACAUGCUAAUCAAUCACUUGGCAAUGCUCGGCCUGCUUGGCAGGCCGAUUACCAAGUCGGACGUCCACUGCAAACAAGACCGACUGCGCUCGACCAUUCCGGCGAUGCUCGACUCCUGCCGUGAAUUUCUCAAGCGCGAGCUUCGCGCGAACUUGACUGUGCUCGAGUUGCUGACAAACAGCAAAGUCAGAAUGAAGAUUCUCGUGCGCAACGACGAUUUGAUGGGGACGCUGGAGAUAUUACUCUCGGAGGACCAAAAUAACGAGCUCUUUCCCUAUUACUGCAGUGCGCUCAAUGAGCGAAUAGCCAAGGCCAGGCGUACGGCCGAACUGGAGGACGUCGCGGUCGCAGUUCUGCUUCAAAUUAUGCACUGCUAUCGGGGCCAGUGCGAGUUGGCAGCGAGAAUAGUUGUCGACUAUCUAAAUGACGAAGACCUCGAGCAGUUGACUCUAAUGUUUUGA